GACGGCCGAAGUGCGUUCUUUGUGAGCAUCGAGCUGCCUUGGCCUAUGCCUGGGCCAAGGCGGAGGUGGAGGAGCUUGGGCCAGGUAGCCGCCAGCUUUUGGGAUCUCAUUUUACCUUCGAUCCUGCGCAAGGUGAUGUUUUCGGAGCCCUGACCCUCGGUGCAACCCUCGUUGCACUUCCCCGCGCGACAGUUCUGGGUGCUCUGCAUGAUGCCCUCGGACUGGAUGUAAGCCAUGCCACAAUGACGCCAACGCAGUGGUCGUUGAAGGCCCCUGGCCUGCUGCCAAAGCUGCAGCACUUGACCUUGUGCGGAGAAACCAUGCGAGUGGAGACAAUUGAGAACUGGUCAUCGGCACUGGCGCUGCGAAACAUGUAUGGCGUCACGGAGGCAACUGGGCUGCAGACAUCCCAUCGCACUGCAAUUGGCGACUCACCGAAGCUUGUGGGUUGCGCCUUGCCCGGCUAUAUUGUGGCGCUCAGUGAGGAGGCCGAGAUCCUUCUUGCGGGCCGCGGUCUUGCUCGAGGGUACCUUGGCCGCGAUGAGGAGACGAAAAGCUGCUUUGUGGACAUCCCCGCCAUUGGUGAUGCUGGCACAGAGGCCCGGGCUUACCGCACCGGCGACCUCGGCGCAAGCAGCUCGCGAGGUCUGAUUCUGAAAGGCCGCAAGGAUCACCAGGUGAAAAUCUCUGGAGUUCGCGUUGAGCUUUCUGAGGUGGAGCUUGCGGUCUUGGCUGCUGGGCUCGUGUCUGCCUGCACGGUGGUCGUUGCUGAAGGUGUGCUGGUGGCGCAUGUUGCGCUUGGCAACUGCGCCAUGGACUGGAUCCUUCGAGCAACGCUGGAGGCCUGCGCAGCUGCGCGGUUGCCGAAGGAGGUUGUGCCACACCAUUUCCAAGCUCACGAGAAGCUGCCCCUGGCGCCUGGGGGAAAAGUGCACCGCCAGGCCUUGGAGGUGCUCGGUCUUGGUGCGUGUGGCACACCCGGUGGCCCAAUUACCACGCCAUUGGAGGACAGCGUUGCCGUGGCCUGGGCAGCGGCACUCAGACGGCCCAAGGAACAGCUGGGCCGGAACUCCAAUUUCCUGUGGCUCGGCGGCGACAGUCUCGCUGCAUUACGUGCCUGCCGUGCCUUGCGCGAGGUGGACAGUGGAGUGGACUGUGGACUCGAAAGUGGAGUGCAGAGUGGAGUGGAAAGUGGAAAGUGGAACGGAAAGUGGAUGGCAAGUGGAGUGCAGAGUGGAGAGGAAAGUGGGACUGAAAGUUGUCGGAAACUCAAGUGGAAAAUCGAGUUGAAAGUCGAGCGGAGAGAUGUGGAAAGAGAUGAGAGUGGGGAGUGGAGUGGAGUGGAGCGUGGAGUGGUAUUCGAGGUCGUCGUGUGUUGGUAUGCAGAGAUCAGUAGGUGUUGUGAAGCUGGACGCCCUAUCGUCCAGUCUGCCCUGAGACUUGAGGAGGUGCGACUUGCAGCUGACAGCGUCGAAGCGCAGGACUUGGAUGUUCAGCAGGAGCACAAAGAGAGCAAAGGGGUGAAGCUGGACUACUUGUGGAGGCAGAAGCGUGUCUUGGACCAGCAUGGCAGGAGCGCUUUGUGUGCUGAGUGCGGCCUUGGGCCGACGCUUCAGCAGUACGCGGCCUUCCUGGAAGAGCAGGGCGUUGACGUUUCAGGUGUCUUCCAGCCUCUUGCCAAUAUGGCAAGUGCAGAGGACGCAGGCACAGGCAGCUCGGCGGAACUGGCGCUGGCUGCUGCAGCCCGUGAGGGCCGCCAAGAUUUGGUAAAGGCCUUGCUCCAGGUUGGAACCUCGCCGAAUGGCAGUGCGUCUGGAACACCACCCAGGGGUUACACACCUCUGCACGCCGCCUGUGCUGCAGGGCAAGCAGGCAUUGCCAUGAUGCUGCUCGACGGCAAAGCCAACGUAAGGGCCAUGACCGAGGCACGGACAAGCCCAGCACAUCUGGCAGCUGCACAAGGGGACGCAGCCAUCCUUACCUGCCUGCUUGCAGCUGAUGGUCCUGAGGGUGUGGCAACUUGGGCACGCGACGCUGACCAGCAGACAAUCCUUCAUCUCGCUGCGAGGUCGGGUGAGGUGAAAGCUGUAGAAUUGGUGCUGGCAAAGGUGAAGGGCCUACGUGCCAAAGACGGUGGGCUCGAGGCCAAGGAUCGAUGGAGCAGGACGGCUCUCCAGUGGGCCGUGGCCAACAACCACGAGGAGGCAGCGGUCUGCCUCAUCCGCCAUGGCGCUUUUUCGGGUGGCAUCCCGGACGCUCUUCUUGAGGGCUACCAGGUAGACUUCUCCGCACCAUCCAAGCCCGGACAGCCCAAAGCGGCCCGAAAGGAGGUUCAGUCUGCUGCCAAGAUUGCUUCGCUGGUUGCAGCGUUGCCAUGCGGUGUUGAGAGCUGCAAGGAGAAACAACUCUUUGCUCUGACGGCUUUGCGCGAUUUCUGCUGUGGUGCUAAAGAGCACCGAGAGGCAGCACGGCAGAGCGGGGCUGUAAUCAGGCUACUGGGCUUGCUUCCCGGUGGCCAAUCGGAGGUUGUGGCGGCUGCAGCCCAGACGCUCCGGAACAUUGCUGCGGAUCGAGCUGGUGCGAUGGCAAUCUGCCAGGGCGGAGGCAUUCGUCUCCUUUUGGACGUUGCCAAGCGUGGGCCGGAGCAUCCGGAGGCUUGGCGCGCCGCCUCCGCUUUGACCAACGUCGCAGAAUUUGCAGAAUUGGCUCCUGCGGUGCGAGAGGCAGGUGCAGCCUCGGUGCUUCAGAGCCUCUCCGGGCAGCUUCCAAGCAGUCUGCGCGUGUGA